AUGGCAUUGCGAGCGGAUUACGAGAAUAGCGCGGACAUAGGAGUCUUCACAAAACUGACGAACAAAUAUUGUAUGACUGCCCCUGGUGGAUCAUCUUCGUACAAAACGAUCGAACAGGAGCUUUCCUCCAAAAUUCCAUGUUUUGAAGGAACGAUAGGUGGUCUUCGUAUCAUCGGGCGAUUGGCUGUUGGUAAUAGAAAAGGUCUUCUUCUCCCACACACGUGCAACGAUCAAGAGAUGCUUCAUAUAAGAAAUUGCCUUCCUGAUGAUAUCGUCGUUCAACGUGUCGAGGAGAGGAUGUCUGCUCUCGGCAAUUGUGUUGUGUGCAAUGACUACGUUGCACUUGUUCAUCCAGAAAUCGACAAAGAGACCGAAGAGAUCAUUGCUGAUGUCUUAGGCGUCGAAGUCUUCAGACACACUAUUGGUGGAAACCCACUUGUUGGUACUUAUGCUGUUGUCACUAAUAAGGGAGCAAUGCUUGCGCCAUCCGCAACGGCACAGGAACAAGAAGAGCUCGGAACUAUUUUGCAGGUCCCACUUGUGUCUGGAACAGUGAACAGAGGGUCUGACAUGUUAGGGUCUGGAAUGGUUGUGAACGAUUGGGCUGGUUUCGUUGGCGUGUCAACAACAGCAACAGAGUUGUCAGUGAUUGAAGGGAUUUACAAACUCAGAAACGAAGCAGACGUUCAGUUUGCUUCUGUUAUGCAGAUGAUGCAAUAA